AUGUAUUUUAACCUGUUGCUGCAGUUCCGUGCCUGCGUUCUCCUUGCCCUCGCCACCAGUGCCAUCGCUGGCUACGUUGGUGGCAGCUACGGACUUGGCCCCGGUCUUGGCUACGCUCUUGGUUACGGCCUUUCUAGCUACGGCCUGUCCCAUGGCAUUGGCUAUUCUGGUGUGACCGGCUACGGCCUGGGCUACGGGUAUGGUUAUGCCCCGGGUGUCGGCCGCACUGUGUCCAGCUACCACGCUGCCCCAGCGGUUGCCUCUUACGGGGCUGCCCCAGCUGUGUCUAAGUUCGCCACAGCUUACCACGCUUCACCAGCCGUCGCAUCCUACGCCGCUGCUCCAGUUGCCACAUAUGCUGCUGUCCCGGCUGUAGCCAAGGUGGCCACAUACGCUCCGGCUCCAGUCGCUACCUACGCUGCUACCCCAACAGUCGCAAGGGUUUCCACUUACGCUGCUGCCCCAGUGGCCACCUACGCUGCUGCGCCAUCUGUGACCAAGGUCGCCAAUUAUGCCCGCACCCCAGUUACCACCUACGCGCGUGCCCCAUUUGCCAGCUAUCCUCCUGCCCCAGUGGCCACAUACGGCGCUGCGCCAUCUCUGACCAAGGUUGCGACUUAUGCUCGUGCUCCAGUGGCCACAUACGCUGCUGCUCCAGUGACCACAUAUGCUGCUGCGCCAUCUGUGACCAAGUUUGCCACUUAUGCUCGAGCCCCAGUCGCCACCUACGCCGCUGCACCAGCUGUGACCAAGGUUGCCACGUACACACGUGCACCAGUCGCUACAUACGCUGCCGCCCCAGCUGUCGCGAACGUCGCCACCUACUCUGCGGCUCCAAUCACCACCUACGCUGCUGCUCCAGCUGUGGCCAGCGUUUCUCACGCAGCUCCAGCGUUUGCCACCUACUCUGCCCCAGCUUUCGCCUCCUACAACGCCGUACCCGCCUAUUACAGCUACGGCGUUGGCAAUCUCGGUUACGGUGCCGGGCACUACGGCUACGGUCAUGGUCUCCUUGGCUACGGCCUGAACUACGGGUACGGCCUCGGCACCCCCUACCACUACGGUGCCCUUCUUCGCAGGAAAUGCAAGUACUUGUUUCUAAGCUUUUCCUAA